UGUCUUGUUUCUUCUCUUAUCAGGUCUACGAAGCACUGGUAGUUGGACGUCUUUGACAGUGAUCAUGAGCAAUACAUUAUAUUUCAUCGUGAAAGCUGGUUGUUUUUCACUAACAGUUUACCAAAAGAUUAUAAUCUUCUAAGUUCUUCUCGCGAACAUGCCGCGAUCAUUGGUCUUCCUGUGAAUAUCCCGCGAACUAGUAUCAAACCAAUCGCGGCAUGAAUCGCGGCAGUGAAUAUCCCGCGAAUACUUCCUGCAAUAGGUGUUUCAACACAGAAUUGGAUCCUCUCAGAUAUUUUGCUUGGUGUAACAAUAUGACUAUAUGGUAAUGGCAGAUGAUAGAGGUAUCCUACGAGAUGUCUGGGAAGGCAAGAUACCUGUAUGCUUUACUCUUGCUCAAGAUGAGGUGAUUGCUGAACAACCAGAACCAGUUUAUCAAAUGUUACCAAGACAUAGCUAUUUUCCAAUCGUAACAGAGAAAAUAUCUAAACAUUUAUCACAGUAUGUGGAUAAGGAAAAAGUGGGAGAGAUGUGGAUAGACUUUGAGGGACAACCUCUGAAAUGGCACAAUCCAGUUGGAGUUUUAUAUGACCUGUAUGGCAGUUAUAGCUCAUUACCGUGGAAACUAACAGUGCAUUUUCAGGAUUUUCCUGAAGAUGAGAUAAUUCAUUGUGUGGGUAGAGAAGCUGUAGAGGCACAUUUUAUGUCCAUGUUGAAAGAAGCUGAUGCUUUGAAACAUCGUAGUAACAUAAUUAAUGGCAUGCAGAAAAAAGAUCAUAAACAAAUGUGGAUGGGACUUGUCCAUGACAAAUUUGACCAGUUUUGGCCUAUAAACAAAAGACUGAUGGAGAAUACAGGAGAUGAUAUGUUCAGAUACAUUCCAUUUAGAAUUUACCAAAUUGAUAGACCAUUUAUACAGCUGUUGUUUAAACCCCACUCAGAGGAAGGCAAUGAGCAUACCUUAGAAGAUCUCCUUAAAUUUGCACUACCAGAUUUAGAUGAAAGCAAAAACCAAAAAGUUUUAAUCCAAGGUAUUGAGGUACCUACAGAUUCUCCGGUGCUGUGGUUGUCAGAACAUUUUAGCUAUCCAGAUAACUUUCUACAUAUAUGUGUGACAACUGUAAAAACACAAGAAACAUCGAGAGAAUGGUGAUUAACAGUGUAUAUACAUGUGCAAUAGUGUGAUUAUAGUAAUGAAUAAAUGGGCCAUUGUGAUGUGAAAUUUAUUGGGGAAUGAGAAAUAAUGAACUAGCAUUAAACAUGAGAACAGAUUGGUCUAGCCUCAUAAAGUGUGAAAAUAAAAAAAAUAUAAACGUAAAACAUGAAAAUGAACUGGCCUGUCCUCGUAAAAUAUGAAAAUGACUGGUCUGUCUUCGUAAAACAUGAAAAUGACUGACCUGUCUUCGUUAAUGAUGAAAAUGGACUGGCAUGUCUUUGUAAUAUAUGAAAAUAGACUGGUCAUGUCAACAUUUAACCAUAAGAAUGGACUGGUCUAUCUUCAUCCAAAUUGUACAUCAUUCUGUCAUUUGUGAAUUGAGAAAAGUAGCAAGGUUGAACUUACAUAUGUUUUAAUUGGGAUGUUUAUAAAUUUGCAUAUCAGAAUUAAAAAACUACCUUUGAAACCAACUUUUAAGUAUUUGGCUGAAUAGAAUAAAAUAAACAUAUAAUACUAUUGUAUUAGACAACUCUUUUAACUGGAUGGUUAAACUAACUUCUAAAAAAUGUGAUAACAUCUUAAAUAAUUUCAGCCAGUAUGGAACACAAAAUUUUGCAGAUUUGCUGUUUGAACACCAUUUGUGUUUAUAUCUGUACAAAUCUUUGAGAAUAACUUUUUUUGAUUUAAAGAAAAAGAAAAAUUCAAAAGCAUUUCAUGGACCAAUGUUUUACACAUUAAUUAAUAAUUUUCCUAUAUUUUUUACAGGAUUUCAUUAAAUUCUUAACAACCAAGGAGACUUUUUGAAGGAAUAUAACAUGAUUUCUUUGUGAGACUUCCUUUGCAAAAUUAAGUAUUAAUUUAAAUAAAAAAGAAAAUACCGAUUACAAAAUUGAUGAAUGGAACAGUAGUUAUAUCAUGUGCUACUGUCAUCCAUAGACUACCUGACCACAUUACAUUAUAAGCCAAUACUUUUGUAGGCUCUUUACUCUGCUGUUUCCCUUGAACUAAAUAACUACAUUUUACUCAACAAUUUUCCAAAAACUUAUAUCAACUACAUGUAUUUUCUUUAACUGAAUUAUGAGGAAGCCAUCCAGCUGGCUUAUGGAAGGUUUGUAGUUCUACCCAAGUGCCCGCUCGUAAUGAAAUAAUGCACGGAGGGGCACCUGGGAUCUUUCUCCACCUUCAGAGUGGUAAAGUCACCAUAUGACCUAAAUUGUGUUGGUGCGACGUUAAACCCAACAAAAACAAAAAUUAACUGAAUUAUUAUCAGGGUAUGUAUUAUAAGUCAAAUUUAAAGUCCACAAAUAAAAUGGAAAUGAAUUUGUUUCAUAUAUGUAUUGAGUAGUAUAUGGUAACCUGCAACAAGAAUGUGUUAGAAAUCAAAUAAUAAUGUGUUGGAAAUAAAUUACAUAUAAAUUGUAUUAUAUGCUUUUUACUUAGAAAAUGUAUCACUCAAAUACUGUAAUUGCACUGUAAGUUUAAUAAUAAUUUAAACCGACUCACAAUAACUUUAGCAAUACCAUUGUGAAGAUAUGGUUAAUAUUUAUAUGGUAUUGACUUUUAUAAUGUAGACAAUCAGCAAAUCCAUGUUGUUAAAUGUACUGUGCUGUAAGGAUAACUUGACAGUGAUGUCCAUAUUGUUAGAUGUACUUUUCAGUAAGAAUAACUUGACAGUGAUGUCCAUAUUGUUAGAUGUACUGUUCUGUAAGGAUAACUUGACAGUGAUGUUAGCAGUAAUAGUGCAACCUGUCUGGAGUUAACAUCACCAGGAGUACGGAAAUACAUUUGUUGUACAGCGGUUGUUCCUUGUAAGAUACUAAAUGAACUUAAAAAAUUCAUCUGUAUGGAAAGAAAAAGUCUGCCAUUUUUAAAGAAGUGUUUUCCCACAGUAUUUCUUAAUUAGACUCUAUUAACUCUUCAAUUUAAUACAAUAGGUAAUAAAUAAAUAAAGUGUAGUUUGUAAUUGAUUGUUUUGUAAUAUUUCACACUUUAUCUUGAUGUAUACAGAUUAAACUGACCAACCUUUGGAAAAAGUGUACAUGUAUAACCUGAUUAUGCACAGUUCUCAUCAAAGCAAGGUAUUUUAUUUUUAGUUUAAGGAGGUAGGUUACCUUUAUAUUUGUAUGUGCGCAUGUCCAACCGGAAGCUAGCGUGACGAUUUACGACGACGUUUACGACAAACUAAAUGUGUUUGUAUAUUCAUUCUUCUGAAAACAAAUCAUAGACCUGUCUUCGAUCUGACGCUUUAUGGUUUAAUAAUGCAGAAAUAAUGAAUAAAUUGCCGCAGAAACGCUUCAAAACAAUGUUGCCUUAAAAUGACGUCAUUGACGUCAUGACGUUACGUGUCAGUUACCGCGCAAAAUUAAUAGCUUUUAUCUUGAAAGUACGUUAUUCUGUGCAUUUUCUUUAUUCAAACUAUUUUCAAAUAACCAUUAUUUGCUGAAAUAUUUUUUAUGAGUCUUUUGCUCUGAAUAAUAAUCAAUAUUUUGCUUCUUUUAUGUAGUUAUAUUGAAAUGUUAUGCGGAUAAAAAAUCUAGCAGUUUGAUUUGUAAUACCUAUUUUACAGGUUCCGUUUAUAAUUUGUUACUUAUAUACUAAAACUAAGAUCUAAAAUUGUUCAAAUUUCAGUAGAAAAUUGUGGUUUCUUGAAUUGAAUUGAUGUUACCAUGGAAACGAAGCCCGUGACCUAUAUAUCUAAAUGUAAAAUUCAAAAGCAUUGACACAAGUCUAUUUAAGAAACACAGCUUCGGCUUUUUAUUUUCAUUUCAACAAUAUCCAUGAGAAUAAUAGUAGCAUGCUGAACGAUUUUUCCAUGAAAAAUGCCAGACGAGGGUUACUGCUGUAAGUAUUCUAAGCUUAGAAAUUUGUUUGAAUAAAUGCAGAUAACACGAAAAUAUAACUUACAUUAGAAAUAAUAUGUUUUAAAGCUACAUCAACUAGAAAGAUAAUCUUAUUCAAUAUUAUUUUAUAAGAAAUUAAGACAAAAAGCAAGAUAUAAGCCAUUUUAAACAUCUCUGUUGCCAUGGUUACUUUAAGAAAAAUAGGGUACCAUGUAUAGUGUUUGGUAUUUUGCUAAUAAUAUUACCCAAAUAUUCCAUGUUGGUCAUUAACAGAAUGGCACUGAAGCCGUUGAAAACCCCUAUUUUUAUACAUAGUUGUUUAAAACUGAGAGAAAAUGCGUUACCAUGGAAACACGAGCCCCGCAACAUAUAUAUUUUAAGCUUAUAUUAGAAAGCUAACGUGCAUACUAGUAAAAUUAUAGAUUAUGCUGACUUCUACGGAUAUCAAUGAAAAUAAAAUACUCUGAAAAGUGUUAAAUAUCCGUAUUUCCCUUCUUCUUUCAAUAUGAAAUACCUUUGGAGGGUCAUGUUUUUCAAACCUGGAUAAAAAUUGAACUUGAAGGGACAGAGACAGACAAAACUGAGAUUUUAGCAGUUAAAACUUCAUAUUACAGGAAAUACAAAAAGAUGCUGCGGUUCAACUAAUUUGAAUUUACCCUUGUAACAAGGUAACCUACCUCCUUAAACUAGGUUUAGUUAAAUUUGAGGAUAUGAACUAUUGUAUGUGCUUGUUAUAAAAAUUGGUACACAGUAUGAUAAGAAAUGUGAAGCAGCCAGUUUUGCAAUGUAAAUAUUUUGCAAUCCACUAGUAAUUCCUUGUCAGCUCAUAAUUCCUUAUCAGCACAAGUUGUUCUUGGUUUUCAUGAGUAACUCCAUGUUAGCACUAGUAAUUCCUUGUCAGCAUGAGUAAUUCCAUGAAAGCACUAGUAAAUGCCUAGUCGCCCGUGUUUUAAACAAUCCCUUGGUAAACUGUCUGUGACAGAAAAAAUAUUUUGAGGAAGAAGUUCGUUUGCCUGCUUGUUAGAGUCCAUGUCUGUGACCUUGAUUUUUGUGAUACAGACCAAACUCUUUUUCUCUAUUCAAGGGACAUAAAAGUCAUAGUAACAUAGCAGGAGGUUUAUGUAUGGAAAGCUCUUUGUGUUUUAAAGGCAGAUUAAAUUAGUAACCUGUAGUUAAUGGAAAUAGCCAAAGUUACAUGAAUUCAUGAAACAACUUUAACACUUGCCAUGCUGGACACUAUUGAUUCUGCCUUUGCGAUCAGUGUACUGUUCGCCAUUCAGUCAGUAUCUUUUUUGUAUGCACCCCUUUUAACAGUUAAUGGUACUGUCCAAAUUGGAUAAUGAACAAGUUCAUUAUAGAAAUUCAGUAGGAUAACGGUUAAUUAGUUUGUUGUGAAAAUAUCUGCUUGAAUAUUUUGCACCAAUUUGUUGUAAAAGUUUGUGCAUCUGUCUCAUGAUUACUUUAGUUUAUAAUUUGAGCCGUGCCAUGAGAAAACCAACAUAGUGGCUUUGCGACCAGCAUGGAUCCAGAGCAGCCUGCGCAUCCGCGCAGUCUGGUCAGGAUCCAUGCUGUUCGCGAACAGUUUCUCCAAUUCCAAUAGGCUUUAAAAGCGAACAGCAUGGAGCCUGACCAGACUGCGCGGAUGCACAGGCUGGUCUGGAUCCAUGCUGGUCGCAAACCCACUAUGUUGAUUUUCUCAUGGCACGGCUCAAAUGUUGUAUGUUUUAUCCCUUAAAUAUAGGAUACUAUAGGGUAUGAUAAUGAUAAAUUUGUUUGUCUUUCUGUUUGCUUGUCAGUAUAUUGUGGUUUUCUUUUUAUAGCUUUAACUUUCCUCUCUACAUUAUAUGUUCCUUUUAAUAACCAGAGCUGUGUUUAUGACUUUGAUACAACACACUAAAUUAUUAAAUUGUAGUCCAAAUGGGUUUUCUAUUUAUAUUGGUGUUUUGCUAAGUUUUCAUAGAAUAACAAGCUGUUAAAGUAAGGGUGAUUACAUUUUAAAUGUAUUUGAUAUUUGUGAGGCAAAUUCACCAGAUUUUCAGGUGAUUUAUUCUUAGAUAGAUCAUUAUAGCACAAGAUCAGUAGUACCAUCAUGUUGCAAAGUUACAUUUCUAUUUUACUUCUAAGGCCAGUUUUCAGUACUCACCAUAACCAAUGUUUAGUUUAUCUGCACUAUUUUUUAUGUACAAACAUUUUUAGCUUUCAAUGAUUUUUUAGCUCAUCUGAUUUUUUGAAAAAAAAUGAUGAGUUAUUGUCAUCACUUGAGCAGUUGUCGGCGUCGGCGUCUGCGUCGGCGUUGCCUGGUUAAGUUUUAUGUUUAGGUCAGCUUUUCUCCUAAACUAUCAAAGCUAUUGCUUUGAAACUUGGUAUACUUGUUCACCAUCAUAAGCUGACCCUGUAUAGCAAGAAACAUAACUCCAUCUUGCUUUUUGCAAGAUUUAUGGCCCCUUUUGUACUUAGAAAAUAUCAGAUUUCUUAGUUAAGUUUUAUGUUUAGGUCAACUUUUCUCCUAAACUAUCAAAGCUAUUGCUUUGAAACUUGGAAUACUUGUUCACCAUCAUAAGCAGACCCUGUACAUCAAGAAACAUAACUCCAUCUUGCUUUUUGCAAGAAUUAUUGCCCCUUUUGGACUUAGAAAAUCAGUUUUCUUGGUUAAGUUUUAUGUUUAGGUCAGCUUUUACCCUAAACUAUCAAAGCUAUUGCUUUAAAACUUGCAACACUUGUUCACCCUCAGAAGCUGACCCUGUACAGCAAGAAACGUAACUCCAUCCUGCUUUUUGCAAGAUUUAUGGCCCCUUUUGGACUUAGAAAAUAUCAGAUUUCUUGGUUAAGUUUUAUGUUUAGGUCAACUUUUUCUCUUAAACUAUCAAAGCUAUUGCUUUGAAACUUGCAACACUUGUUCACCAUCAUAAGCUGACCCUGUACAGCAAGCAACAUAACUUCAUCCUGCUUUUUGCAAUAAUUAUUGCCCGUUUUGGACUUAGAAAAUCAUUUUCUUGGUUGAGUAUUUUGUUUAAGUCAACUUUUCUCAUAAACUAUCAAAGCUAUUGCUUUAAAACUUGCAACAGUUUUUCACCAUCAUGGGUAGGACAAUAUUUCUAUUAUACAAAAAAAAUCAGAUGAGCGUCAGCACCCGCAAGGCGGUGCUCUUGUUUCAAUUACCAGUAACCUAUGCAUGUUUACUUUAGAAUUCAAAGCAUUCCCUUAAGGUGAAUGGCCAUGUUAAAGUGUUGCAGCUUUAUGUAGUUUUAAGUGUAUUUUGUUUGGCUAUAAGGCCUAAAAAAAAAUUCUUUGUUUCCGGUAACAUGCUCAAAAAAAUUAGGGUAGGUAGGUCGGAAAUUUUUUUUUUUUUGGAGAAUUUUUUUUAUUAAGGGAGACUUUCCGGAAAUUAUUUUUGUGUCAAAAAAUGAUUCCAGAUAAGGGGGUUAUGUCUUUAGAGCAUCAGUAAGUUGAUUUCUAACAUCACUGGUCAUGUUUAAAGCAUAAAAAGUGCAGUUUUGCAACUUUUUGUUAAAAAGUUGAAAAAUAUAUUCUCCAAGGCCAUAAAAUCAUUAAGGGUCGGGCCAAAUAUUUAGGGUAGGUCGGGAUACCGGAAACAAACAAUUUUUUUUUUUACGCCUAAUGUAAAUUGGCUAUAUCAUUUGAGCAUGACUUAUCCUAAAUUUAUAUUGCUUGACUUUAAAUUGCAUUGAAUCAAUUUCUGCUAGAGGUUGUAUUUUUUUCUGCUAGAACUGAAUUGAAAGACUUCAUUUAAGAUGUUGUUUUAGGAAAGGUAGUUUCAUAAUCCCACCAGGUAUUUUCCUUUUUGGCCUUUGAUUGUAAAUUCAGGCACUGUUUCAAAGCAUAAUAACACCUUCAUAUCCUUUUCAUAUUUGUUGUAGUCGGACGGUGUAAUAUAUUUUAUAUAUUUCAUUUUACUGUCAUAUUGUGAAAGACUAAUCCAAUUUUUUGUGGGAUAUGCACUAUAACCAGUAUUUUCUCUUCUAUCUUUUUCACCGUCAUUGUCCUUGAAUUACAUAAACUGACAUUUUAUUUUAUAAUACACUAACUGUAAAAAAAAAUAAUGACUAAUUUAAAAUAUUCUGGAGGACAACUUCCUCAAGCCUUAGUAGCACUGUUCACCAUUCAGUCAGUAUCUUUUUGGUAAGCACCCCUUUUAACAGUUAAUAGUACUGUCCAAAUUGAAAGAUAGACAAGUUCAUUAUAGAAAUUUAUCAGGGUAAGUGUUAAUAAUUCUUGAAGACUUGGUAAUGACAAAAAGUCAAAAGGAAAAGAACAGAGACAUUUUGUGAGAAUAGCUAUAGUUUGCUGAACAUAGAAGGAAAUGAUUUUAUGUCAUAGCAUUCUCAUUUUUGGUAGCAUUAUAUUAUGCAUGGAGAGGGCAAGAUGCAGAUUUUUUGUCACACAAUAUACAUGUCAGUUGGUUGGGCAUUAAAUAUGAGGGUCAUGCAUUAGCACUUCCAGUCACACUGUCACAGAUGAAAUUUGCAAUCUCACGUGUUUCAUUUGCCUCACUUUGUCACUUUUCAUUUUUUUCAGAUAAUUUAUUUUUUCCUCAGAAUUAUUGACUUUUCUUAGCUGGUUUUCAUGGUUAUGUGAAUUUGUAAUUAAAGAAAUAUACAUGUAUUUCCAAGUCACUUCCAUCUGUAGAAGACGCAUUAUUUAUUACAUCUUAAAUCAGAUUUAAAUAUUUAAAGUCAAGAAAUGCCAUCAAGCCCCUGUAACUUACAGACAACAAGUACUUGAAAAAUACUAUUUUUAAUGGUACACACUAACACCUUACAUCUGCUAACUAUUGAACACAAUGAUACAGUGACCUUAGCUUACAUAGUCAAUGGAGAUGAAAGUCUGAAAGUUGAAUGACUUUACAUUAUAACAAUAUUAGAAUGCUCAAUGAUGCACUGUUGGGAAGAAUCAUAGCAAUUAUGUUUUUCAUCAUUUCAUGAUGUUAUUUUUGAUAAGUAGUCCCCUACUGGUUGAACACCAGUUUUUAGGAUUGUGCUUUUCCAUCCCUUAUUAACCAGGAGUUAUUAGAUUGGGGUAGAUGUCGGUCGGUCGGGCGGGCGGGCGGGCGGUGGCGGCGGCGUCAAACUGGUGUUUCCGGUCAAUAACUUUUGUUUCGGUAAAGAUAUUUGAAUAAAACUUGGGAUGUAUUUAGCUUAUAUCAAGACAAAGGCUGGGAUUGAUUUUGGGGUUUCUGGGGUCAAGGUCAAGGUCAUUGUUACUUAAAAUAGAAAAAGGGUUUCCGGUCAAUAACUUUUGUUUCGAUAAAGAUAUUUGAAUAAAACUUGGUAUGUAUGUAGCUUAUAUCAAGACAAAGGCUGGGAUUGAUUUUGGGGUUUCUGGGGUCAAGGUCAAGGUCACUGUUACUUAAAAUAGAAAAAGGGUUUCCAGUCAAUAACUUAACUUAGGAAUGAGCUAUCAUGAUGAAACUUGGUGUAUAGAAAACUUAUAUAAAGUUGUAGCUUGGGAUUGAUUUUGGGGUUUCUGGGCUCAAGGUCAAGGUCAUUGUUACUAAAAAUAGGGUUAGGUUAGGGUUAGCAUAUCUUCUACAUGCCUGGAGGGAUUUUGAUGAAAGUUGGCACAAUUGUUCACCCUCAUGAGACGGAGUGUCAUGCGCAAGAACCAGGUCCCUAGGUCUAAGGUCAAGGUCACACUUAGAGGUCAAAGGAUACAAGAAUGAAAACUUUGUCCGGAGCAUAUCUUCUUCAUGCAUAGAGGGAUUUUGAUGUAACUUGGCACAAUUAUACACCAUCAUGAGACGAAGUGUCUUGCGCAGUUCCCUUCUUUAGAAUUACUUCCCUUUGUUGUUACUAUAAAUAGCUUAUAUUGUAACUUUUUCAUUACUAGACAUAGGGAAAAAUCGAGACCACUUUUCUGUAGUACAACAUGCAUGUUACAUCCAAUUUUGAGGUGUAUUUUGACCAAUCUCUACCUGGUAAGGAUUUCUGUGUGGACCUACAUUUUUGUUUUUUUUGUAUUUUUUUUUUAAGAUUAACUUCCCUUAGUUGUUACUAUAAUUAACUUAUAUUGUAACUUUUUUAUAAUUGACCAUAGGGAAAAACCAAGACCACUUUUCUGUGGUACAACAUAGUUGUUACUUUCUAAUUUUAGGUGUAUUUAUACGGUAUCUAAUAUAAGGUAUCUCUACCUGGUAAGGAGUUUUUUUGUGGACUUAGAAAAACAAAAGAAUUACAAUGAUUACUAAACAACCACAAAAUUAAAAUUACAUCUGCAAAUACAGGUGCUAGAGUAAAGAAAUGUGACGGGCGUAUAUUGUGACAUUCUGGCACUCUUGUUUAUUCUUAUGAAAAGUGUUGAAAACCUGGUUUCGUGGCAUUGCCGCAUUUCUUGUUCAAUUAUUCUGUCAUUCUGUCAACACUGUCCUGUCAGGCCCCUAACUCUGUCAUCCAUCAAGGGAAUUUGAUAUUUCUUGAUAUAGAAUUUAAUGUUCCCAAUGAUGUAAUGGCAUAUCAUGUGCAAAUCAAGAUCCCUAGAGAAAAAGUCAAGGUCACACUUAGAAAUGUAAGUUCAACAGGGAUUUUUCCUGUCCAGUCUGUAACUCCAAUCAUCCAUCAAGGGAUUUUAAUAAUAAUUGGAUAAUGAGAUGAUGCAACUUUCUGACCCAUCCUUAAAGGUCAAGGUCACACAGAGAUCAAAGGAUAACAUGGUUUUAACAGGGACUGUGUCACUUCUAUAACUCUGCCAUCCAUCAAUUAUAAUACAACUUGGCACAUUAGUGUUCCCCAUUAUGAGAUGAUAUGUUGUGUGCAAACUAAGACCCUUAUCUUGAAGGUCAAGGUCACACUUUGAAGUCAAAGUUCAACAGGGUUUUAUCUUUUCAGUCCAUAAAUUGACUAUGCAUCGAAGAACUUAAAUAUCACUUAGUAGAUAUUUACAUUUCUCACGAGACAAUGUCUCAUGCGCAACUUCCAGACCACUAACUUAAAGGUCAAUAAGGUUUUUAGCCUAACUCAACUGUCCAUCAAAGGAUUUUAAUCUUUACUUGGGACAUAUAUUCCCGCUAUGAUACUAUGUGUCAAGCAAAUUCAUCACAUUCAGUGAUAGCUCUAGUUUACAUUUAACACAGUAUUGUAUAAACAUCAUUGACAGAUAUUAGAUCUUUAGGUAAUGCUGUUGUUGAGUCUUGUUGGGGACUCUGUAUUGCAUGGCAGUACUUCAUUUUAACAGUGGUAUUUAUAACUAGGAAAUCAAUCAUAAACAGAAACAUUAACUGGAACAUACUAAUGUUGUUAGUCAUAUAUGUGUGUUUUACAUGUAUGCUUUGAAAUGAUGCUGCAGCAUUGGCUUACCUUAUUACAAGUAAGGUUUUAUUUGUCCAUGUUUAGGCCUAAAAAAAAUUUGUUUGUCUCCGGUAUCCCAUUCUACCCUAAAUUUUUUGGCCCGACUCUGAAUGUUUUUAUGGUCUUGGAGAUUUUUUUUUUUUCAACUUUUUUAACAAAAGUUGCAAAAACAAACUGCACUUUUUAUGCUUUAAACAUGGUCAUUGAUGUUAGAACUCAACUUACUGAUGCUGUAAAAGCAUAACCCCCUUAUUUGUAAUCAUUUUUUGACACUAGAAUAAUUUCAGAAAAGUCUCACUAAAUUAUAAAAAUAUAUAUAUACCAACCUACCUACUCUAACUUUUUUUGAGCAUGUUACUGGAAACAAACAAUCUUUUUUUCUAGGCCUUAGUGCAACUUGUAUGUUCAAGAUAAAAUUUCAUCCAAUAUAAAUCAUUGUUACUUAUACCAUAUAUAAAUUUAAUUGUUUUGAUACAUUAUAAAGAUGAUUAUUGAAUAUUAAAUAUUAAAACACA